AUGGACGGUUCAAAUCAGAACGGAUCUAGCGGCAUUCACGACAGUACCAGCAGUGGAGGAAUGUCGAGAGCAGAAAGAUUUGAAGAUGAGAAGCGCAGGAUCGUGGACAGCUGUUUUGCCAAGAAGGAAGAGGAUGGAACUCUAUCAGAGUCAUACAUCACCCACAUCAGGAUUGUCGAAGAUGCUGCUUACCCAUCUACUCCACCUCCGCCAAACGCCAAUUCAAAUGCAAAGAAACCUCGAAUUAUAAUUAUUGCGGUGCGGAAGUCUGGGCGAGUGCGAAUGCACAAAGCAAGAGAAAAUGCCAAUGGGACCUUUUCAAUUGGAAAAACAUGGAUGCUGGAUGAUCUAUCAUCAGUGCAAUCUUACAAUUUUGCGAACCCAGGGAACCCGGAGGAGCAGCAGCAAAAAGAAUGGGCCGGAGGGGUCGGGUUUACGGUCACCAUUGGGAAACCAUAUUAUUGGCAAGCAAACACGCCAAAGGAGAAGCAAUUCUUCAUUGCAAGCCUCGUCAAAAUAUACACCAAAUACACUGGAGGAAAGUCCCCAGAGCUUAUCGGAUUUGAGAGUAGAGAGAGAGAGCAAUUACUUGGAUCUUCAGGGCGCCCACCUCCUGCCUCUCAGCCUCCUCCUCAGCAAGCACCACCAGGAUAUGGGAGGGACAGGAGACGAGAUCCAUCAAGAGAGCCCCCUUUACCGCAGCCCCCUUUACCGCGGACACAGCCUAUUCGAGAUGCUGUGCAACGCCCUCCACCACCAAUGCCACCCGGUGGAGGCGCCUAUCCUCAAAAUACUAGACCUCAAGCGCGUCCUCAACGAGGAGACUCUUCCAGUGGCAGUAUGGAAGCCAAUAACAAUAUCCCUCAACAAGUCCCACAGAAUCUCCGGCGGUUGGCGGGAAACAAUCAGAGCCAGGAGUCAUUUGGGAGAAUUGAAGAAGCGGCAAGUUUGCCCCCAAGAUCACGAGGCGGAGUGAACGGACUUCCAAGCGCCCCUGGAAGGCUCUCCGAUCGCACUGUCACUCCAAUAUCCCAGCGGACGGUCACUCCCGACUCCAGCUUCUCAGGUAACAAGGAGCCGAUGGACGAAGUACCCCCUAUCCCAGCCCCGUUAGCUUUGCCUCCUGAGCGACGCAGACCUCCAAUGCCAAAUCCUGGCGAUUCCAGACAGAGGAGGCAAAACCCGAAUGACAACAUUGUCCCUGCACCACUCUCUAGCGCUGGGGUGCGACGGGAAGAUUUACGGCCACCAACACGCAGCAGCGAACGGAGUGUCCCGCGCGAAAGAGAUCAGGAGAUGGAUGGUAGCAAUAUGCAGCUCAGCUCCAACGCCUUUCCCAAAGCUAUCCCAACUCCUACUGCAACCGAAAGCUCUGACCGUGAGGACAACGUCGAGGUCCCACCUGCACAAGUUCCCGCUGUCCAGCCAUCACCACCUGCAAGCGUCGACUCGCCCCCUGCCCAAUUGACAGAAGAACCCGAAGAUAUGCGACCUGGACUUGGACCAAUGAUCAAAAGCAAGAAGUCCCCGACUGAUGUGGCCGGCCAAGUUAUGAGAGCGGCCAAAGUUGCCAAUGCUUUCAGCUCUUUUAAGCCACGUGCCGGAGGUGCCGCAGAACGACUUAGAGAAGCUCAGGCAAAAUCACCAGAGGGUCCCGAUGGUGUGACCGGCGUAGUACCAGCUCCGUCACUUCUUCGUGGAAUGAGCAGCGAAAGUGCUACACCAACUCCCAGUCCCGUAAUAACACCUUUGGAACGGCCUCCGUCUCGUAAGACGAAUGAUAGCCUGCCAGAGGUGAAAAUAUCGGUCCCAGAACCACCAAGGCCACAUAGCUUCGUGGUUUCAGUACCGCCUGUACAAGAAAUUAGCCCACCAGAAACUAGCCCCCCAGAAAAGGCCAAAGCUCGGGAAGCCAAGAGAGCUAGACCACCAGCAGAGACUAUGUCAAAGGAGCUCACUGCCAUCGGCGUCGAUCCAAGCAUCAUCGGCGAUAGAGGCGGUGAGCUUGUCUCUGCAUGGGAGGAGUUCGGGUGGGUCGGUGAAGGCAUAAGAACCAAGAACAUUGACCAAAUGAAAGAGGACGUUGAGCGUGAACUGAACAAGAUUCAAGCUGGUGGGUGGCUCAGCAGGUUAGAGGAGGAAGACGAUAGGAUCGAGGCAAUCAAGACUGGUCUUGACAGGUGUAUAGAGGAGUGUGAGGAGCUUGACGGGUUGUUCACGUUGUAUCUGGUGGAACUUGGGACUCUGAAUGAGGAUGUCGCGUACAUUGAGGCCCAAUCACAAGGAUUGCAAGUUCAGACGGCCAACCAGCGGCUUCUCCAAACCGAGCUCAAAUCUCUACUCGAUACGAUUUCUAUCUCGAACGAUCAGCUCGCUGAUCUCCGCGAAGCUUCGUUGGAAUCUUCGCGUGGCCUCGAGCAAAUCGAAUCUUCUUUAAUUAUGCUCUAUAAGGCUAUGCUGACGAUUGACCCAUCUCUGAAUACGACUGUUUCUAGGCCUAGCGAAGACGGUAGCCUCAUCUCUGGGAAGCCCGGUGGCUACGGCAACAGUGAGAUCGGAAGUAUGAGAGUCCUUCAGGAAAAGAAGGACGUUUACAAAAAUGAGAUUGCAAUGUUCCUUCGUCGCUUGAAACCCUUCUUGCAAGUCAAAUUUGGAGCUGCAAUCGAUGAGACGAGGAAGGCCCUCGAGCAAGAGAAAGGAAGCAAUCUUACCAGACCCGCAGGCAAGGCGAGACUCGACCCCCGGAAUCACGAUCUUGCCCGGGAUCUGCUUUGGAGAUACAGCCCACUAAUGCUUUUCUCAAGGGAAGUAGAUCGCACAGAGUGGGAAGAGCUCAUGAAAAUGUACGAGAUGGUCUGCCGCCCGGUGUACUCAGAAGAGUUCAAAGACGCGACCUUUGCAUGGAAACGUAUUGUCAGAAAGCCUACUGGAGACGAGGGCGAUGUUCUGUUCACUUCGCAAAUUGAGAAGCAGACCGACGGUAUUGCUACCACUGCUCGGAAACUGACCGUCAAGAGAAGUCAGACUUUGGCAAAGAGCUUGCGGUCUCCCAUUGGCGACAAUGCUAUCAAGUCAAGCCUCGACAAAGCUGAUGGCCGACUCCAACCGUAUGAGGUGUUCGCUGGAAUCCUUGACGAGACUGUUUCCAUCAUAAGCAUGGAACAGAACUUUCUCGUCGAGUUCUUUCACGUUACCUCCCUGGAGCAAUCCGACUUCUCUGAUGCUGUUUCUGCAGCGCCACCAGAUAUGCGACGUGGUGGCGAUUUGCGACGGCCUAGAGUGAUGGAUCCGGACAGGAAUCUAGCACGGCUUGUCAUUCAAUCAAUGGAGGAGUUAUUUUCGUUUUAUGGACAGGAUAUGCAAGGACUGUCCGAAUGGACGUUGGGGUCCGAUCCACUACAAGUCAUUGGUGUCAUUGCUGCCAUCGAACGCAAGCUCGUCAGCUUCGAAGAAUCCAGCCAGGAGUUCCUUGCCCGAACCCUCCAAAGGUUGCAUGUCAAGCUCGUUAGUCUCUUCAACAAGUUGUUGGACGAGCAAAUCCGCGCGAUUGAGGAGACGAAAGUGAAGAUCAAGAAACGCAAGGGUGUGAUUGCCUUCAUCCGGAUUUUCCCAUCCUUCUCCUUGACUAUGGAGACAAUGCUGUCAACCUCGCAUGAUCUCGAUAUUCGGCAAACGGUUAACACUGCCUAUUCUCGAAUCAACAAGACCAUGUUCGAGUCUCUGAAGGUCAUUGCGAGAGAAAACCCUAGCGCUCAAGUUGCUGGGGCCGAUCCCGAAGAUAAGGAGGCCUUGAACUACCAGGUGCUGCUCAUUGAAAACAUGAACCAUUAUCUGGAAGAGGUAGACGGUCGUGCUAAUCCGGUGUUGGAGGAAUGGAGACAAAACGCUACCCGAGAGAUGAAUGAGCACAUGGGGCUGUACCUCGGUGCUGUGAUUCGGAGACCCUUGGGGAAGUUGCUCGACUUCCUCGAAAGCGCCGAAAGCUUGAUGCUCUCUCGACAGGCAGGAGAGCCUGCCACGAAGAUCUCCAGCAUGCCCAGUCACUCGAAGUCAACAUUCAACAAGAUCCUCGCUAACUACGACUCGAAAGAAAUUCGGAAGGGUAUCGAAGCGCUCAAGAAGCGAGUUGAGAAGCAUUUUGGAGAUGCCGACGAACCCGGAAUCAGUCGAGGUCUUGUCGCGACAGUCACACAGAACUGUGAGAAGUAUUACGAAAGGGUCGAGGAUCGAAUCCUGACCAUUAGCAGAGAUGUGUAUGAUGGGGAGGUGAUCGCGGAAUGGACCCGUGCGGAUGUUUCUGCAGCGUUCAGAAAGUAG